AUGGUUACCAUCCUAUUGCCCGGUAGCGACCAAGCUACCACAUCCGAGGUACCCUCAUCUACCGGGGCUGCUGGAGCCGUUCCGAUCUCUUCUUCUCCUGCAUCGAGGUCCGAGAACCUGGAUGACAUGUUCUCAGAUAUCCCUCCUGUAGCCGGGGAAGUUGCCGGGUUUGGCCAUCUUCCCAUUCUUCGGGCCACGAGGGCGGCUAGCCGAUCCACUGAAACGGGCGCGAGGAACACUCUUAGUGUUGUGCUCGUUAAUGAGGGCUUUAUCCGGGCCCAACACGAGGUUAACGACUUAAAGGCCCAACUGGAUGCCCAGGGCGGAGAGACGGAGAAGUUUCAAUUCCUCCUGCAGGAGAAAGAAGAUCAGUUGAGUCAGGCCGCUGUUCUUCCCAACCUUCAAUUCGAGCUCAAAAUGGCAAAGGCCGAGAACCUGCGCUUAAAGUCCAAGUUGGCCGAUAUGAUUGAAAAGAACUGGCUCCUGGAGGCGGAUAACGUCGAUCUUGGCCGAGACAAUGCCAAUUUUACUAUGAGGCUUGGUGAACUCGAGGCCACUAUUUCCCAACUUUGGAGUGAACUUGACUCGGUCAAGGCUGAAGCCGCGAAGAUGGCAAAAAGGCAUCACCAGCUUGAAUCCGAGAGUGCCAAUGACAAGGAGAAACUGAGGGUGGCAGAGGAGAAAGUCGAGACUCGAGCUCGGAUCAGUGAUGAGCUCAAGAGCAAGCUCGAGGAGGCUACUGAGGCCAAUGAUCUGCUUCAGACUGAGUUUGAAUCGGCUAAUCAAAUUCGAAUAGCUCUUCUUGAAGUGAGAUCCGAGUUAGACGCUAGAUUGAAAAAAGUCGAGGCUAAUCUAGAAAAGUCUCUUAAAGACAUGGAGGCUGUCGAGGCUCGUUCUACGAUUUUGAUCGAGUACGAACGGUGGAAAUCCCGGCGUGCUACCCUCGAACAAGUUCAAAGAGGGUUGGAGGACAUCCAGGCCCGAAUACUCGAAGCCAAAGAAAUCGAGGACAGGGCUAAGAAAUCCCUUGAUGUCGACUCUGAAGACUCCGAGCAAAUGGUUUCUGAUAAUUCCAGCUCCAACCAUACCGAGUAG